AGCGAGUGUGUUCCUCUCGCCCUGUCAAUAAUCUCCGCUCCCAGACUACUCCGUUCCUCCGGAUUUCGAUCCCCCUUUUUCUAUCUGUCAAUCAGCGCCGCCUUUGAACUGAAAAGCUCUCAGUCUAACUUCAACUCACUCAAAUCCGAGCGGCACGAGCUCCUCCUGUAUCUUCGGCUUCCCCCCCCUUUGCUCUUUAUAUCUGACUUCUUGUUGUUGUUGGUGUGUUUUUUUUUACCCCCCUUUUUUAUUUAUUAUUUUUUUGCACAUUGAUCGGAUCCUUGGGAACGAGAGAAAAAAGAAACCCAAACUCACGCGUGCAGAAGAUCUCCCCCCCUUUCCCCUCCCCUUCUCCCUCUUUCCCCUCCCCAGGAGAAAAAGACCCCAAAGCAGAAAAAAAAGUUCACCUUGGACUCGUCUUUUUCUUGCAAUAUUUUUUUUGGGGGGGGGCAAAACUUUUUGGGGGUAUUUUUUUUUUUUUUUUUUUUUGCUUUUCUUCCUCCUUCAUUUUCCUUCCAAAAUUGCUGCUGGUGGGUGAAAAAAAUGCCGCAGCUGAACGGCGGUGGAGGAGAUGACCUAGGCGCCAACGACGAACUGAUUUCCUUCAAAGACGAGGGCGAGCAGGAGGAGAAGAGCUCCGAAAACUCCUCGGCAGAGAGGGAUUUAGCUGAUGUCAAAUCGUCUCUAGUCAAUGAAUCAGAAACGAAUCAAAACAGCUCCUCCGAUUCCGAGGCGGAAAGACGGCCUCCGCCUCGCUCCGAAAGUUUCCGAGAUAAAUCCCGGGAAAGUUUGGAAGAAGCGGCCAAGAGGCAAGAUGGAGGGCUCUUUAAGGGGCCACCGUAUCCCGGCUACCCCUUCAUCAUGAUCCCCGACCUGACGAGCCCCUACCUCCCCAACGGAUCGCUCUCGCCCACCGCCCGAACCUAUCUCCAGAUGAAAUGGCCACUGCUUGAUGUCCAGGCGGGGACCCUCCAGAGCAGACAAGCCCUCAAGGAUGCCCGCUCUCCGUCACCGGCACACAUUGUCUCGAACAAAGUACCGGUUGUGCAACACCCUCACCAUGUCCACCCUCUCACGCCGCUCAUCACGUACAGCAACGAACACUUCACCCCGGGAAACCCACCUCCACACUUACCAGCCGACGUAGACCCCAAAACAGGAAUCCCACGGCCUCCGCACCCUCCAGAUAUAUCUCCGUAUUACCCACUAUCGCCCGGCACCGUAGGACAAAUCCCCCAUCCGCUAGGAUGGUUAGUACCACAGCAAGGUCAGCCCGUGUACCCAAUCACGACAGGAGGAUUCCGUCACCCCUACCCCACAGCUCUGACUGUCAACGCCUCCAUGUCUAGGUUCCCUCCCCAUAUGGUCCCACCACAUCACACUCUACACACGACCGGCAUCCCCCACCCGGCCAUAGUAACGCCAACCGUCAAACAGGAAUCCUCCCAGAGUGACGUCGGCUCACUCCAUAGCUCAAAGCAUCAGGACUCCAAAAAGGAAGAAGAAAAGAAGAAGCCCCACAUAAAGAAACCUCUUAACGCGUUCAUGUUGUAUAUGAAGGAAAUGAGGGCCAAGGUCGUGGCCGAGUGCACGUUGAAAGAAAGUGCCGCCAUCAACCAGAUCCUGGGGCGAAGGUGGCAUGCGCUGUCCAGAGAAGAGCAAGCGAAAUACUACGAGCUGGCCCGGAAGGAGCGACAGCUUCACAUGCAGCUGUACCCCGGCUGGUCUGCGCGGGAUAACUAUGGGAAGAAGAAGAAGAGGAAAAGGGACAAGCAGCCAGGAGAGACCAAUGAUAACGCUCUCCCUUGGCAUCUUUGCCCCCUAUUCACGGAGAACUCUCUCCCCCCUGUUUCUAGGAGAAAAAAAAAGUGCGUUCGCUACAUACAAGGUGAAGGCAGCUGCCUCAGUCCACCCUCUUCAGAUGGAAGCUUACUAGACUCGCCUCCUCCCUCCCCCAACCUGCUAGGCUCCCCUCCCCAAGACGCCAAGUCACAGACUGAGCAGACCCAGCCUCUCUCGCUGUCCCUGAAGCCCGACCCCCUGGCCCACCUGCCCAUGAUGCCGCCGCCGCCCGCCCUCCUGCUCGCCGAGGCCGCCCACGGCAAGGCCCCCGCCCUCUGUCCCAACGGGGCCCUGGACCUGCCCCCCGCCGCCCUGCAGCCGCCCGUCCUGUCCGCCUCGUCUCUGGCGCAGCCGUCGACAUCUUCCUUACAUUCCCACAGCGCCGUGGCCGUGGCCGUGGCCGGGACGCAGCCCCAGCCGCUGUCCCUCGUGACCAAGUCUUUAGAAUAGCUUUAGCCUCGUCAGCCCCGGUUGGUUUGCGUAGUGUUGAGUUCCGCUUCUGUCCACCCCCCGCCCCCCCCCCCCCCCCCGCCCCCCCCCGCACCCCCCUCCCCCCCCCCCGAAAGGUUUCGUUUUGUACUCUUAAUUUUGUGCCACGUGGCUACAUUAGUUGAUGUUUAUGGAGUUCAUUGGUCAAUAUUUGACCCAUUCUUAUUUCAAUUCCUCCUUUUAAAUAUGUAGAUGAGAGAAGAACCUCAUGAUUCUACCAAAAUUUUUAUCAACAGCUGUUUAAAGUCUUUGUAGCGUUUAAAAAAUAUAUAUAUAUACAUAACUGUUAUGUAGUUCGGAUAGCUUAGUUUUAAAAGACUGAUUAAAAAACAAAAAGGAAAAAAAAAAGAAGCAAUUUUGAAGCAGCCCUCCAGAAGGAGUUGGUUCUGUAUUAUUUGUAUUAAAUACGAGCUUGCGAACCAAUCAUUUUACAUCUGGUUUUUAAACCAUAAGGGCACGAGGAAUGCAGUGCCGUUACUCUUUUUUUUUUCUCUGUGUGAAACAACUUUAAUUGUGAUGUUACUUGUUAUUGUUUAAAUGUACAGAAACAAAGGGUUAAAUGUGUUAAUAUACCUUGUUCCAUGGUGUUGUUCUUUUGGGGGGAGGGGGAUGCUACUCAACCAUUAAUGGAAUCACAACGCUGUUGGACCAGUAGUAUUUAUUGCUUUAGAGAUUGCUCGUCGAACCUGUAUGUCGUCCCUUUUAAAAUAUGUUUUCCUUUUUCUUGAAACUGUAUAAAGUUUUUUUCCCCUUAGCAUAAGCAUCUUAUAUAUAACAACUCAUUUGUACAAGGUUUUUAAGUUUAUAUAUAAAAUGUGUAUAUAUAUUUUUUUGUUUCUCUUUUUGACUUUUUUUUUUUUUUUUUUGGCUGUAUGAAACCCAGAUGCCGCCAAACGGACAUUAAUAGUUGCGUUUAAGGAUCAGUAGCAUUAACGAAAGUUGCUUUAAAAGCCAUUAUGUAAAACAAGACUUGAAAAUUAGUGAGGGAAUUUUAGCGGACGCUGUCUGAGCAGCAGCGGGAACCACCCUGUUUCUCCUUUGAACUCACAGUCGCCAGUUCUGUGCCCUUAGGACGUGGCCCGACUGUGUGCAAAACUUUAUGUGCCAAAAUUCUCAGUGACUUUAGCUUUCUCCCUCUUUUCGAUGCUGUAAUUUUUGUUCAUCAUGUUUUGCUGUGAUGUUACAUAGGUAGAUUUGUAUGUAGUUUUAAUGUCACCUAUAACAAGACGUGUUUGGUAGCAGAUUGUCCAGAAAGCAUUUUAAAUGAAGAGGUAUCAAACCCUUAGGGGCCAAAAUUCUGUAUAUUAGAUUACUCUUAAAGGAAAAACCAGCUGCCGCUUUUAUGUACACGUAUUCCAUACGAGUAGGUGGCAAACUUUAAAAAUAAGAAAAACCCUAGGCAUGUUGAUGUUGCAAAAUGCUGUAUAAAGCUGACACCUGUUCACUCAGUGCCAUUGUAGUUGACAUGAAGCGAUUGUAAGACUGUCUCCGAUUUUUCUCUGGUUUAUUAAAAUGCUAACUAUAACAUUUUUUGUGAAUACUUUGAAUGUUUCCUAACAGUUGUGAUGUUACCGUUCCGUUUUAUGCUCUUAUUCCAAUUUCAUUUUUAAUGGUUUGGAAGCCAUUUUUGUAAUGAAUAAAUGUUCAUGCUGUACAAUAUCUGUAGCAUGCCGUUCUGGAUUAAUAAAAGCAACUUAGUAUGUGCAGAUGAA